GUGAGCGGAGAAGGAGGGGCGGCGGGGGUGACGGUGCUAGAGCCGCUGGCGGCGCCGGGGCGGUAGUCGGCGGCCCGGGCCUGCGGACGAGGUGGGCCGGAGGCCAGGUCAGCUGCCCGGACCCUCCGACGCAGCCCCGCACCGAGCGGCGGCGAUUUCUGGCGAGGUGGGGAGGCGCUGCCAAGCCCCAGCCGGGGAAGAUGUUCAACGUGGAGUCGGUGGAGCGGGUGGAGCUGUGCGAGAGCCUUCUCACUUGGAUCCAGACAUUUAAUGUGGAUGCACCAUGCCAGACCGUAGAAGAUUUAACGAAUGGGGUUGUGAUGGCCCAGGUUCUUCAAAAAAUAGAUCCUGCAUAUUUUGAUGAAAAUUGGCUAAACAGAAUCAAAACCGAAGUAGGAGAUAAUUGGAGGCUAAAGAUAAGCAAUUUAAAGAAAAUUUUAAAGGGAAUCCUGGAUUACAAUCAUGAGAUUUUAGGACAGCAAAUUAAUGACUUUACCCUUCCUGAUGUGAACCUUAUUGGAGAACAUUCUGAUGCGGCAGAGCUCGGAAGGAUGCUUCAACUCAUCUUAGGCUGUGCUGUAAACUGUGAACAGAAGCAAGAGUACAUCCAAGCCAUUAUGAUGAUGGAGGAAUCUGUUCAACAUGUUGUCAUGACAGCCAUACAAGAGCUGAUGAGUAAGGAAUCGCCUGUCUCUGCUGGAAAUGAUGCCUAUGUUGACCUUGAUCGCCAGUUGAAGAAGACUACAGAGGAACUGAAUGAAGCUUUGUCAGCAAAGGAAGAAAUUGCUCAAAGAUGCCAUGAACUGGAUAUGCAGGUUGCAGCAUUGCAGGAGGAGAAAAGUAGUCUCUUGGCAGAGAAUCAAGUAUUAAUGGAAAGACUUAAUCAGUCUGAUUCUAUAGAAGAUCCCAACAGUCCUGCAGGAAGAAGGCAUCUGCAGCUCCAGACUCAACUGGAACAACUCCAAGAAGAAACAUUCAGACUAGAAGCAGCCAAAGAUGAUUAUCGUAUACGCUGUGAGGAGUUAGAAAAGGAAAUCUCUGAACUUCGGCAACAGAAUGAUGAACUAACCACUUUGGCAGAUGAAGCUCAGUCUCUGAAAGAUGAAAUAGAUGUUCUUAGACAUUCUUCUGAUAAAGUAUCUAAACUAGAAGGCCAAGUGGAAUCAUAUAAAAAGAAGCUAGAAGAUCUUGGUGAUUUGAGGCGUCAGGUUAAACUCUUAGAAGAAAAGAAUACUAUGUAUAUGCAGAACACUGUCAGUCUAGAGGAAGAGUUAAGAAAAGCCAAUGCAGCUCGAAGUCAACUUGAGACAUAUAAGAGACAGGUAGUAGAACUACAAAAUAGAUUAUCUGAAGAAUCGAAGAAAGCAGAUAAAUUAGAUUUUGAAUAUAAGCGGCUAAAAGAAAAGGUUGACAGUCUUCAAAAAGAAAAGGAUAGGUUAAGAACGGAAAGGGAUUCUCUGAAGGAAACCAUUGAAGAACUUCGUUGUGUACAGGCUCAAGAAGGACAGCUCACAACUCAAGGCUUAAUGCCUCUGGGAAGUCAAGAAUCUUCAGAUAGUCUGGCAGCAGAGAUUGUUACACCUGAAAUCAGGGAGAAACUUAUUCGUCUUCAACAUGAGAAUAAGAUGUUAAAAAUUAACCAAGAGGGUUCAGACAAUGAAAAAAUCGCCUUAUUGCAGAGCCUUCUGGAUGAUGCAAAUCUGCGCAAGAAUGAGCUAGAGACAGAGAAUAGGCUGGUAAAUCAAAGACUUCUGGAAGUACAGUCACAAGUUGAAGAAUUGCAAAAGUCUUUACAAGAUCAAGGCUCAAAAGCAGAAGAUUCAGUUCUUCUAAAAAAGAAGCUGGAAGAACAUCUGGAGAAGCUUCAUGAAGCCAAUAAUGAAUUGCAGAAGAAGAGAGCCAUUAUUGAAGAUCUUGAACCACGAUUUAAUAACAGUUCCUUAAAAAUUGAAGAAUUACAAGAAGCUUUACGAAAGAAAGAGGAGGAAAUGAAGCAAAUGGAGGAACGAUAUAAAAAGUACUUAGAGAAAGCCAAAAGUGUUAUCCGGACUUUAGACCCUAAGCAGAAUCAAGGAGCAGCACCAGAAAUACAAGCUCUUAAAAAUCAGCUCCAGGAACGGGACCGACUGUUCCAUUCUUUAGAGAGAGAAUAUGAGAAAACAAAGACUCAAAGAGAAAUGGAGGAGAAAUAUAUUGUUAGUGCCUGGUACAAUAUGGGAAUGACCCUGCAUGAAAAGGCGGCUGAAGAUAGACUUGCUAGUACAGGUUCAGGGCAGUCAUUUCUGGCUAGGCAAAGGCAAGCAACCAGCACAAGAAGAUCUUAUCCGGGCCAUGUUCAACCAGCCACAGCAAGGUAGACAAGUCUUGCCAUCAGAAUUAAAAAACACCCUGCAUUCAAAACAUACUUCUGUUACAUAUGACAACAUUUCAGGAAAUUCAGCCAGCUUAUUUUUUUGUCUCUUUUAUGUUGGUGUUUAGUUGUUUCUCAUUUGAGGACUUUCUCUCUCCUCUAUCUAUAUUUUAGUUUCUUGGUUCUUUAUUUUGUAGUCCUUUCAGUUCCUUUUAAUGUGCCAAAAAUUUUUAAAUGCCCAAUUAAAAGUGUUGUAUAAUAGUGUACUUUUCUUUGUAUGAAAAUGUCCUUUCCCCAAUGGUGUAGGCUUUGUAAUGAAUUAGAUUUUCUGCCAAUAAUUGAUAUACAAUUUAUAUUCUUUAUUGUGCCUCUGUGUUACCAUGCUUUAUAAGAAUGUCUUUGUUUAAAGGGAAUUAAUCUUUUUAUGAUGUAUUAAUCUGUGUUUUCAAUUGUUUUCCAAAUGCACUUCAAAUAACUUGCAUAUUUACUAUAUAAAAUGAUUGGCAAGUGCACUUUUUGCAAAGGCAUAAAUACAUUGGCAGAGGUGCUAAUCAGAUGUUACCUAAGGCACCUGACAGAUUUAUUUAGAGGGGAAAAAAUGAGUUUUCCACAUUGUUUUAUAGGAAAUUAAAUUUGUCCGAAGAUUUGGAAACUAUUUUUAAAACAUACAUAAAAUUUCAUUAUUUCUUGCUAUCUUGUUUGCUGACAGAAGAUAAAUGCAUUGGUUAGGUUAUUUGGGAGGAAAUUACAGAAGAAAAAAAAUCAGGCAGUGCAUUAAUUUUUUUCUUGUUUUGGAAUAUCCUAGUAACUGAAGAUCAAAUUAUAGCAAUGUGGCUAACACUUAACAGCUUCAAUAGCCCUCCACAUCUAAAAGAUUUAUUUUCCAUAUACUUACAAGUAAUAGGUAGCCUUACCUUUUGGACAAUUUCCUUUGACUUGCAUCUCAUUUUACUUAUUCUUUAAUAUAAAUCCUUCUAUUUCUCAGUAAUUCCUAAACCUGACAUCCUAAUAUGUCAUUAAGAUAAAUAAGUGACUUCUUAUAUGUGAUGUUAUGACAGUCUCUUAACAUUUUUUCUUAAUUCUAUGUACUAGUCCAAGAAUUUGCUACUGAAUAGAUUCUCUUGGGUAGUUGGUUGCUUUGAAGUUCUGAGAUUUGUUGACAGAUUGUAAACCAUGUUCAUUUACGUUGAUGAAUGGCUGUCAAGUAAUAAUGAUUAUAAAGCACUUUGUAUAAGGUGCUAUGUAAAUGUGAAAUAUCAUCCAUUUGAAAAUGAAAUGCCUCUGCCUGACUUUCCAUAUUGGCUUAAGAAUUUGGUCCCAAAUUAUAUUUAAGUUCCCUUCCAGCCUUUUUCUUGCAUCAUGGCCAAUUUUUUUUUAAAGCAAAAAAUUAUUGAAAUUAGAUUGGUUGGUUGGUUGGUUCUGGUUUUAGAUAGGUCACCUAAAAGAUUUUAUUUCAUGUACUUGCUAUUUGGAAGUUCAGGUUUCAUUUACUCCUGUAUAUUACAUACAAAUGAAUAACACUAAAUCAAGCUACAUGUAAUUAAGAAUUUUCAGAAACCAUAUUCAGGUGUCUGACUUCAAAUUCUUUACUGAUUUUUUUAAGUAAAUUGACCUAAAAGUUAGUAGUGUUUUCAUUUGUCCUCAGAAACUGUACUUGAAGAAAAGUAUUAGAGUGUACACAGAAAUGAUUCCAUAUUCGUGCUAAUUUUUUACAUUAAAUACAGAAGUCUGCAGUGUGAAUGCUUCUGCCUGAUAAGACUGUAAAGCAGGAAGAAUUCGUAAUAGUGGAGAGAACCACAUGAAUAGAAUGCAUUGUGGGGUUUCAGGAGGCUAAGCAGACCUCAUCAACAUAAUUUUAACAAUAAAAGAUUAAAAACCAGUUAAGAGGGUUCUACUCAUGUCCCCUUAUUUCACAAAUACCAUAAGGAUUUAACUGUUUAAAACAGGACAUUAACACUAACCUUGGUAACAUUAAUAUUAUUUGGAAAUUAUACUACGUGCAGAAUAAGAUAGAUGACAAUAAGAGUCUAUGAGCUGUUCGUUAAAUGGAUUGUAUCCUAUGAGAUGAGAAGUUUUCAUUUUAGUUCUAUAUUUACUGUCCCAGUCCUGGUCUCCUACCUACGUACCUACCUACCCACCCACCCACUCAGAUAUAUAUUUCUCUGAAUGGGAGGGAGGAAAAGGAGCCAGGCUUUUAGAAGCAAGUUUAUUUCUUAUUUUGCUUUGGCAUCUUUGGCAUGCUGUUAUUUUGGUGUUUACAUUCACAACUUUCAUUUCCCUUUACCUGUAUAGUUUAGUAUGUUACUUUGAUUAGAUUGAAGAAAUUCUAUUUCCAAACAUUCUGAUAUUUUUUUUAAAAAGCAGGAAUAAAACUUAGCUGUAGCAGUGACAGCCCUAUUCCUCUUGCCCAGCUUUGGACAGGAUUUAUAAAUCACUAUUUCUCCAGUAAUGGUUAAUAAUUUCUCAGGAGGUUUGUGAAAGUCUUAGCGUGUUUUAUCUAGAUGUGAGCUAUACUGUGCUAUAUUUUUACAAAUUCCUCGUAUACAGUAGCUUCAUACAGUGGAGCUAGCCCUGGCCUCAGCAGUGGACUAAGUACAGUAUUACUGCAUUAGGUUGGAAUGAUCCAUCCCUGCAGUGUUGAAUUCUUAAAAAAGCUUAUUUUCUGUUUUCCUUCUAACCAGGGUAAAAGAAUACAAAGUAAAUAACUAAAGAAUAUUAAAGAAUAACAUUUAUGUUCUGCAGUGUGUACUUAGAAAGUUUGUAAUUGGAAAAAAAUCCAACAAAUACCAUAGUUCACCACAUAGGAAAAGAGAAUAAUACAACUGUACAUAUCUUAAAAGAGUUUCAAAAACUCAGUCAUUUUAUCAUUUGUCUAAUUAUUUGAUAAUAAUUGACAAAAGUCACUAAAUAAAGGACCAGUGUUCCAAAAUUGAUUAAGAUUGAAUUAUUUCUGUUUGAUAGCCCUAGCCUGGUAAAGUUGGCUUGAUGAGAUAUGAGAUGAUUAGAUAAUAAUAGGAUAAUUUUGUUGAUGUUUUACUGUUUUUGUUUAUAUAGUAAAAGCUCACUGUACAAAAUUAAGCUAGAUGUUAUGCAGUCAUAAACCUUGGUCUUUAUAUCUCAUUAGUCCCUGCACAGGCAUGAGAAUCCACACUGUGCAAGUAGAUCAGCAAUAAGCGAUUGUUCAGUGAAAGAUGAGUUAGGCUGAAGAAAAGGUGAUUUUAUUAGCUACUUUAUUCAGAUCUCCUUUUCAGUAGCAGCUUUGUUUUUGUUAGCUAAUGAUAAGAAAUAUUUUUGAGUGUCCCUUGCUCCCAGACAAGCAUUCAUCUUUUCAAGAUAACACCAUGUUAAAUUUCAUUUUUUUUUAAAUUUUAUUUAUUUAUUCAUAGAGACAGAGACCGAGAGAGACAGAGACAGAGACAGGCAGAGGGAGAAGCAGGCUCCAUGCAGGGAGCCUGAUGUGGGACUGGAUCCCAGGUCUCCAGGAUCACGCCCUGGACCGGAGGCGGCACUAAACCGCUGAGCCACCCGGGCUGCCCAGAUAACACCAUGUUAAAAAUAUGAAAAUCUCUAUCCCAAUAUGAGAGUAUUUUGAAACAAAAAUCUAAAUUUUUAAAAUUAUCUUAACUUUCUACAUUUAAUUUCCAAUUGUCUAGACCUUAGAUUUUGGAAUGUUACAAUUAUCCCCAGUGGAACAUGUGAGAUUAUCUGAAAAAGCAUCCACAACCCACAGCCAGUGUAAACCUAGCUAGUUUUACAGCCCCAUGGAUAAGAACAACCAUGAUCCUAAAAUGAGAGAAAAAUGCUUGGUUUCUUGCUUUUUGCUAACUGUAGAAUAACAUUAAGACAAAAUGCUUUUUGUUGUCUAUUCAUUAAACUAUGGAAGGAAACUUUGACUUCUUAACCUUGUAUUAUGAAGGGACUUUUAUCAAGCUGAUGUAGCAUUAUAUUUCUUCAAAGGCAAGCCGGUAUGAUACCCUGCAGUAGAUGAAGGAGUGUACUAAACAAAAGAAAUGGGGUAUCAGAGUCUUUGAAAAUUAUUUUAGUGUGCUUUUUAUUUUCCCUUUUUAUAAGUUAAGAGGGUUUCCAUUCAAUAUGAUAAUCUCUUUUUCUAUAAUUCCAACUGUCAAAAUAGCAGUUUAUUUUGGUAGUUGUACAACCCAGUUUCAUUACAUUUAGAAAGCAGUUUCAGAGCUUAUUCUUUGUAACUAUAGUGAUUCUAAUAUUUUUUAUUAUGAAAUUUUUAUAUGAGGAAGGGUAUUCUCAAUGUAUCUGUCAUCCAAUUUUUUACUUUCUGUAAAGCAUAUUUAAAUAAUAAUUGGUGUAUGUUCCUUUUAUGAAAAAUUUGAAAAUGUUCUAUUGUCCAAUUUAAGCACAAUAAUUUUAUUGUAAAGGUUUGUAGUAAAACUGUUCAUUUUUCAGAAACCCAAAAAGCAAAAUAAUUUGCCACUGACACAGCUAAUUUCUGCUUUUCCCCACUCCCCAAAAACCACAGAAGUAUUACUUUAGCUUCCUCUUUACAAAGUGAAGGACAAUACAAAUGUGAUGAUAUACAUCUCUUUUAAAUCAUUGAUUAUGUUCUUGGGAAGAAUGAAUGUAUUGAUUAUGUUGUUAAAUAGCCUUUUAUCAAUCCAAUCCAACUCACAAUUAUCUAUGAAUUUAAAAACUUACGAAGUUUAUGUAAUGUUAUCUUGAACUAUACUUGGAUUCUUCACAUUGCACUUAAAUUGAUAAAAGGACAUUAGUUUAUUUGAGAAACUAGAGACCUGAACCUAAUUAUGGCAAGUAUAUGAGUUUUGACAGUUGUAGGGUGUCUAUACAUGUUCCCUAACAAUUAUUUAUCAACAAUCAUGUGAUGUCUCUCUUCAUUAUUUUUAUAUUUUCCAAUAUUUUCCAGUAAUAUUCUGUAAGAUAGGUUUGUAUGCCAUAUUUAUAAGUAAACAUAAAAAUUUGAGAAAGUAACAGAAGGCUCUUAAGACAAAUCCAUUCCUAGAAAUUAGAAUGGAUUAUUGGGAUAAGAAAUGGCCUGAUGAUAAACAAUUAUCUAGGUGGAUAGACGUACUAAUGCAAUUAAAAAUAACACUGUCUUAACAAAUGUUCCUAAAGUGACAGUUUACAUAAAAUCUGGCUUUCUUACAUGAUCAUUAAAUAAAAAGGAGUAGACAAAAUUUAUUUUCUAAUUGUCCUUCCCUUUGGUGGGCAUUAAUUGGGGAUACGAUAUUAACUAUAUGGUUAUCGGGGGGGUGGGGAAGCAUCUAUUUUCAUUUUAAAACUGUUCCCCAUUACUAAAUCUAAGAUAAUCACUUAAAACCAUUAAGGAUACUAUGGUUUGAUCAGAUGAGAAAUCUGUGGUGGCUGAAAAUUACUACCGAUUUCUCUAGAUCUGCUGCUUUGUCUAGUUUAUAAACCUUAGGCUCAAUGUUAUGUUCCCCCCUAAUUAGACAUAGUAGCCCCCACAAAAUUUUGUUUUAACUGAAGGCAAGAGUAGAGAUUUUAAAAUAUAUAUUCAAGAGAGUCUUUUAUGUACCUGAUACGUUACCCCUAGGCUCUGAAUUAGAUCUUUAGCGUCUGAAGAUGAAAUCAUCAGAAGUGUCCAUGGCCUUAAACUUUCAGGCCCAUAGGACUAUCAAAUAUCCUGAAUUAUAUCUACUCAGAGCUUAAAGGAAGAAUUAACUAUCAUGACAAGAGUAAUCUCAAAGUGAGAAAAGGGAAACUACCAAAGCAUGUGUGGCUUUAAUGUGUGUGGGAGACUUCUGAACAGGUGUUAUCACUUAAGAGAUCUCUAAGUUGACAAAGGAAAAUAAUUAGUUUAGCAGUUAUAUUGUCAAAAUUAAUAAAAGGGACUCAUGUUUAUUCUUGCUGUAUUGUCAACCUAUGGGCAGUGGUUACUGUAUAUAUAUUCUAUAGUAUGUUUAUAUAUGUCACUAUUAGAGAUGAGUGUCUUAAUAUUAUUUACUGUUACAUCUAUUCAUUUAUGUAUUAUUUAUACUUUACCACAAGACUCACAGCACUUUACUAAUAUUAGAUCAUUAUUUUUCUUCUACUUUUUUGUGGCAUUUUCAACUUGUAUCUUUUAUUCCUUAUGUUGGAGCACUCACUAAGAAAAGUGUAACAGAUCACCCAGAGAAAUGGGCUCUGUACUCUUCCUGAAAUAUCUAGAGUGGGAUCUGAAAAUAUAAGUCUAGAGACCUAUUUGAAGCUGCUUUGGGCCUACUAGGCAUCAAUUACAUUUUAUAUUUCACAUUAAUAAGACUCUUUUCAAGUCAAUACUCAUGAAGCCAAGUUCUCUUAAAUGCCAAUACACUUGAAACUUUCUGUUUUCUGGAGUUGCAUUAAUACAAAAUAAACAGUCUUCUAGUUAAUCAGAUGUUCUUACUUUUGGUUCGCCUGUCUCCUAAAAUACAGACAUAUGAGUUGCCCUUCGCUUUCUUUCAUAGUUCUUCAUUAUUGCCUAGCCCCAAAGACAGGAGAAAGCAAGCCAGGUUCCAGGAGCUCUAAAGUCAGAGAAUCUAAGAAAUGGUGGGGGUUAGCUGAUGGGAAAAGGCAGUCAGUACAGAUUGCAGAAUGCUCCAGAAAUAUUCUUCAUUCUGCUAUAACAGAUGAGCUUAAUGAACUUGGCUAUUCUUAAGUUCAAAUAUGGCAGUUUUCAGCUUGUUCUAUUAAGAUAUGUCUCUAAGAGUCAGGACUCUUCCAUUUGUAACUUGAAUAUAUUAAUAUUUGAAUCAUAGUCCAAAAGUAAUUGAAAUAUUUGUUAGGUAACCAUUGACACAUGAUUACCGCCAAAGAAUAGGGAGGUUUGCGCAUAAGAACUUUCUCUUAGAGUUUUGUUUUUGUGCUUUUACAUGAGAGAAAUGCUUUUGUAGUAUGGAAAGUUUCUGUAGUAUUUUCUUCUGCAUUACCUCCUGUUCUACUGAUGCUCUUUGCUUAAGUUACCUAGAAGAAAGCAACACUGAAAUAGAGAAGUCUAGACCCUGACCUUUGAGGGAAGAGCUGCUUUUUCCCCCCAAAGUAAAAAAUUAAAAAUGAAAUAUACAGAAGCAAAAUGUAAUGUUUUGAAUAUCUACUAAUUAGUUGGUGGAUGGAUAAGUUACCUUCUAAGUGUCUUUAUCAUCCAGUGUCUUUUUGCUAAUUUAGAUAAGACUAGAUUCUAUACCUACAUUGUCCGAUUUAUUAGCCACUAGCAUAUGAUGAUUUAAAUUUAAUAAAAUUCAAACUGUGGUUCUUCAGUCACCUAACCACACGUCCAGUGCUAAGGGCCACACAUGGACAGUGGUUACCAUUUUGGACACAUAAAUACAGAACAUUUCCAUCAUUGCAGAAAAUGGUUUUUUUACAAUGCCCAAAGAGAAAAUAGGGACAAAAUAAAAGUAUUCAAUUAACUUAUAAACUCUUAGAUUCUACUGCCAUAGUUGAAGAAAAUGGUUUUUCAUAUAAAAAUUAAUACAGCCCUUUUUAAAGUCAUUGGAAUAAUCAGAACCCCAUUCUUUGAAAUUAGUUUUCAAUAUAUUUUUAAACGGAUGCUCAGCACUUUACUUUUCAAGUAACAUAAUUAAAUCAUUUUAUAAAUCUUAACAGUAUCUUCAGGCUUUUUCCCCCUUUUUUGUAGUCUUUUCAAAUUGAUGAUACAUAGUUCAUCUGCAGGUAGAACAGAAACCAGUGAAUUCUUUAUUUACAAAUAAAAACUGUUAAACAUUUAUCCUUCUCUUCUGUUUUUUUAAUUAUAUAUAGAUCUAAUGAAAGUGGAAAAGUUUUUUUUGUUUAUCUCUCCCUUAAAGGUACAUCAGGAUCCAAAUUAUUUCUUGGGUUUUCUUUUUUUUUGGCGGGGGGGGUUCUUCAUAGUUUCUUGCUCUUAAUAACUUGGAUUAUAAAUCACAUUCAGUUUCAUGUAUGAGGCAAGCAUUUUAUUCUGGUGACUCAAUGAAACCUUUUAGUAUUUACUUCUUAACAUAAUGAAAAGGAUGUAUAUGGAUGCAUCUUUAAAUUUUUAAAUGAAAAUAAAGAGACUAAUCAUAAUUCUCUUGAGUCAGCUAGGUGCUUAGUUAAAUACUAAAACUAUCGUUAGGAAGUCAGGAUGCUUUCCUCUCCUUUUUUAAAUGUUUUAAAUCAGGCAACAGACUCAACCCAGUAGUGUCAAAUUCCAAGCAAAUUAUGAAAUUCUUAUUGUUCAGUACAGCUGGGUAAAAGGUGUGAUUUGAGGGUUUUGGUGUGUUUUUUUUUUUUCUUGUUGGCCUAAUUUAAUGUGUGUAUCACAGAGACUCAUGUUAGUUAAGGGAAAUUUUCAUUAUGCUUGAAAUAAAUAGUAUUUUAAUAUAAAUACAGGAAAUGACUGUACACAAAUGCCAAUCAAUGAUUUAAGGCCUUCAAAAUUGUUUUAAUAGUAGCCUUUUGUUUUUUAAUAACCUUAGUUAUUUAAAAUUUAGAUGCACUAAAAUGUCAUUGCCGUUACUAACUUUGCUGUGUACAGGUUAUGUAUAAUUCAGAAUGCUUUGCACUUAGAGGAAUAAUUUGUGGGUUUAUCUUGUUUGGCAAGUUUUCAUGUUUUAACAAUUGCCCCACCAUUUAUACACCCAAUUUUUGGUUGUGUAAUAAAUGGUAAAAUUCAAACAUACCUAAUAAUUUAAUAAUUUGCCUUAUUUUGAUUAAUAAAUUCUGUCAAAGAUUUGAAGAUAGAAAAAGGCUUUUUUUUUCCUUAAGUAUUUUUUACACUUUUCAGAUGAGCUGGAAAACACCUUAGUACAUUAGAGUUGGAGUUGUAUUGAUUACAGUCCCAGCUCUAAAGCCUUAUACUCAUGUCUUAAGUAUUAUUGAUUGUUCUAUGAAUUGUUGUUAGUUUCCUAUUUGGCAUCCUAGUUAUCCACCUUGCAGCUUAGCUUUUACAAAAAGGGUAUUACUAGCUGUAUUCUUAUUUCUGGUUGACUAUUGAAUUUAUAAUUUAAUGACUUCAUUCUUUGUCAAUGUAAUCCAAAAAUGAAAUCCCCUUAGGACUCUAAAUUUCUCACUUCACAAAUGGAAUCAAUACAGAAAUAGCAACAUUGUACAUAAUAGCAUCCAAGGAUUUUUCCAUGUGUUUACCAAGUUUACCAACCAUUUACUGUAUAUCAGAUUGGUGGGUUUUCUUAACUGGUUUUCCAAGGUGAAUGACUUGUUAGCCUCAGUAAGAAAUUUUCACUAAAUCACAAAAACAUAAGGUCCAAUAACCACCAAAAGACAGAUUUUUAAUUUUUUUGAAAUCUUAUAUUUCCUUUUGAUAUCACUUAUUCAUUUUAAUUUUAUGACUGCCAACUUGUUAUGGUAUUAAUUAUAUGUGUAUGUUUAUAUGUAUGCAUAUAAUAUAUGUAUAUGAAGAAUAAAGUUAAGAUUUGGUCAAACUAUAUUUUCCCAUUCAAGUACAAAAAUGUUUUCAAGGCUGCAAAAAGUGUACAGUUGUUAAACAAGUUGUAAAUAAAGACUUGUAUAAAAAUUCAA